CCAAUGAGCAGAGGCGGAUGUGUUUGACUCCAACUUUUCCCUGCAGGAGAGCCACUGUCCAUUCUAUGAAUCCAAGCCAACAAAGAGUCACACACAGAGAGAAAGCACCAAAGACCUAUUGAAAUGUCCAGCCUCUUCUACCUACUUGGUUUCCCUGUGCCUUCUCUGCUGCUGAUUCUGCUCCUUGGCUUCUCUGGAGCCCGAGGCCAGGAGGAGUUCCUGGUUCUGCAGCCUAAGGAUCCUGUGUCUGUGGCAGAGGGAGAGAUGGUCACUCUGAACUGCACAGUACCUGGGAUACUACCAGCAGGACCAGUCAAAUGGUUCAAAGGGAAAGAGCCUCAGAGACAGGAAAUUUAUAAUUUCAAAGGAGGCACCUACCCCAGGAUAACUAAAGCAGCCUCAUCUAGCAGCACCACAGACUUCUCCAUCUCCAUCAGCAACAUCACUCCAGAGGACAGUGGCACCUAUUACUGUGUGAAGUUCAAAAAGGGGAAUCCUGACACAGAGGUUAAAUCUGGUGGGGGCACCAUGUUGUCUGUGAUGGUCAAACCUUCUGUACCUGUGGUGUCUGGCCCCAAGGAGAGAGUAAACAGUGAGCACAUGGAGAAUUUCAUUUGUAACUCGAUGGGCUUCUUUCCCAAAACCAUCACCUUGAAAUGGUUUAAAAAUGGGAAGGAGAUCUCUGCCCAGUGGACCAAAGUUUUCCCCCAGGACAAUAGUGUCUCCUACAACAUCACCAGCACUGUGAAGCUGAAACUAGAAGCUAGCGAUGUCCACUCCAAAGUUAUCUGUGAGGUGAAUCACAGCACGUUACAAUCUCCUCUUCGAGGGACAAAGAAUUUGUCAGACAUUAUACGAGUUCUACCUAAAGUGAAUGUUUCUUCUCAACUAUUUGCCAUGAACUACAACAACAUCACCUGUCAUAUAAUGGAAUUCUACCCCAAAACUGUGAGUGUCAUCUGGCUAGAGAAUGGCUUCACGAUUGUGAUAGGGAAGACAUCUAAACCCACAGAGAACAAAGAUGGCACCUAUAGCCUCAACACCUCAUUCCUGGUAAAUGUGUGUGGUCAAAAGGAAGGCCAGGAGAUCACUUGUCAGGUACUGCAUGAUUCCCAGCCUCCAAUCAGUGCCAGUAAAACAUUUAUAGCCUCAUCUCUUUCUGGGACUAUGGAUAAAAAAGAAUCAGGGCAAGGACUUUCUGGCCAGCUUUUUGUAAUCUUCCUUCUGGGACUGAAAGUGCUAUUGUUGUUCAGCGUACCCUGGCUCUAUGUUCUCAGAAAGCAAAAAAAAAAAGUUUCAGAGGCUGCCCACUCUGUCUCAUAUUCCUCAGCUCCAGAUCCUUAGCUUCAGCCUCCUCCUGCCUUCAAUCUGGGUGCUGACCUAGGCUUGGAAACCCAAGAGAUAAAGUGUUCUCCACCCCACACCCUCCCCUGAAAAGUAUCCUGCAGCUCCCAGGUGUUUCUCCUCUUUGGAAAGGACAGCUGACCCCAAAUUCUCCUCUAGGAGCCUCUGAUCCAAGAGCUGUGCCUGAAGAAGAAUGUGGCAGGCAUCAUUCUGGGCUUGGCCUCCCAGCAUGGAUCCACACUCCAGGGCAGAAGGGAAGGGACCACUAAGCCCUGAUUUCUGAAGCUUUCACUACGUUUCCCAUCAGCAAAAAAGAGAACUAUCCAAUUGCAGAACCCACACAACCAUUUUUCAUAGAUAUCUAUGGGUUUCUCAGAAUGGCCAACGCUCCUCAUCUUUCAGUAUUAUGUCAGUUUUAUUUCCCAAUAUGAUCUCUCUCCUCCCACCCACCCAGAUAUCCAUCCUUUACAACAAAGAAGAAAAAAGAGGGGGAAAACCUAGUUCAGCAGAGCUAGCCAAUGCAUAAACCAAAGCUGACAGUAUUUGUAGCACUCCAUACCUACAGUGCCCCCACCUCUGCAAAGAAUGGAGGGAGGUACUUUCUCAUAUCAUUUCUUCAAGGUCAAGUUUGAGCAUCGAAAUUACACAGCAUUCACUUUCGAUCUGCUGUUAUUGUUCUCUCCAUUUAUAGUGGUGCAGUCAUUAUGUAUAUAGGAUUAAUUCUGUAAGCCUUUCCAUGCUUCUCUGUAUAGUUCACAUCCUUUGCUUUCCACAUUGCAGAAAUAUCAUUACAUUUAUGUACAACAACUUAUUUGGACAUUAUUUCAUUUUCAGUUCUUCACUUCUAUAAAAAAUGCUUUUAAUAAAUAUUUUGGUCUUGACUCCCUUGGAAUAUAUGCCUAGCAGUGGGAUUUCUGAUUCAAAGAGUGUGUACAUUUUAGUCACUUUCUUAAGAUAAUUCCAAAUUGUUUUCCAGAAUGGUUGGCCCAAUAUGAAGCUCCACCAACAAUGUAUGCCCUCUCCAAUCAAUUAUUGUUAUCUUUUGUCAUCUUUGCCAAUUUGGUGAGCGUGAAUGGAAACUUCACAUUUGUUUUAAUUUUAAUUUCUUUUGUUAUUAGUGAUUUGGAGCAAUUUUUCCUAU